GUCCUCGCGGCCUGCCACGCGCCCGCCUUCGGGCCGUCGCGCUGCCGCCGCGAUGGGGGCCGCCCGGGGCCGCGCCAACGUUCCGUUCCGUCCGCCGCGCCGCCGUUGAGCGCGUGGGCCGUGCCGCAGCAGCGCGCCGGACAGAUUGAUUCCCUUUGGAGCUGUAAGUACUGAUGUAUUAGGGCGCAGCGCUCGUUGCUCAUUGGUGCACAGUCCCAAAAUGAGUGUCCAAGAGCAGGGUUUCCCCUUGGACCUUGGAGCAAGUUUCACUGAAGAUGCCCCCCGUCCCCCAGUGCCUGGUGAGGAGGGUGAGCUGGUGUCCACAGACCCCAGGCCCAUCAGCCACAGCUUCUGCUCCGGGAAGGGUACCGGGAUCAAAGGUGAGACUUCAGCAGCCACUCCAAGGCGCUCAGAUCUGGACCUGGGGUAUGAGCCUGAGGGCAGCGCUUCACCCACCCCACCUUACUUGAAGUGGGCUGAGUCUCUGCACUCCUUACUAGACGAUCAAGAUGGGAUAAACCUGUUCAGGACUUUCCUGAAGCAGGAGGACUGUGCUGAUCUGCUGGACUUCUGGUUUGCCUGCAGUGGCUUUAGGAAACUGGAGCCCUGUGAUUCAAAUGAGGAAAAAAGGCUGAAGCUGGCCAAAGCUAUUUACCGAAAGUACAUCCUUGAUAAUAAUGGCAUUGUGUCCAGGCAAACCAAGCCAGCCACCAAGAGCUUCAUAAAGGACUGCAUCAUGAAGCAGCUGAUCGAUCCUGCCAUGUUUGACCAGGCCCAGACAGAAAUCCAGUCCACCAUGGAGGAGAAUACCUACCCCUCAUUCCUCAAGUCUGAUAUUUAUUUGGAAUAUACAAGGACAGGCUCAGAGAGCCCAAAGCUCUGUAAUGACCAGAGCCCUGGGUCAGGGACAGGAAAGGGCAUACCUGGAUACCUGCCCACUUUGAAUGAAGAUGAGGAAUGGAAGUGUGACCAGGACAUAGAUGAAGAUGAUGGCAGAGACCCUGAUCCCCCUGGCAGGCUCACGCAGAAGCUGCUCCUGGAGACAGCCGCCCCGCGUGCCUCCUCAAGUAGACGGUACAGCGAAGGCAGAGAAUUCAGAGGUACUGGCUUCUUGGUCUGGGAACAUAUCAAAAAAGACUGCCUGCCUGGCCCCCAAGGUGGGCUGAGUUAUUGUCUGUUUGCUAAAGAGUAUGGAUCCUGGCGGGAGCCCGUCAACCCCUACUAUGUCAACUCUGGCUAUGCCCUCGCCCCAGCCACCAGUGCCAAUGACAGUGAGCAGCAGAGCCUGUCCAGUGAUGCAGACAGCCUGUCCCUCACCGACAGCAGCGUGGAUGGGGUUCCCCCGUACAGAGUCCGCAAGCAGCACCGCCGCGAGAUGCAGGAGAGCGUCCAGGCCAACGGGCGGGGACCUCUACCACACAUUCCUCGCACUUACCGAAUGCCGAAGGAAAUCCGCGUGGAGCCCCAGAAGUUUGCCGCAGAGCUCAUCCACCGCCUGGAGGCCAUCCAGCGGACACGAGAGGCCGAGGAGAAGCUGGAAGAACGGCUGAGACGCGUCCGGAUGGAGGAAGAAGGUGAGGAUGGCGACCUAUCCUCUGGCCCCCUGGGGGCCAGUCACAAGCUGCCUUCAGCCCAGGCCUGGCACCAUUUUCCACCCCGCUACACAGACAUGGGCUGCACAGGAUUGCGGGAUGCACAUGAGGAGAACCCCGAGAGCAUUCUGGACGAGCACGUGCAGCGGGUCAUGAGGACGCCAGGCUGCCAAUCACCAGGGCCUGGCCACCGCUCCCCCGAGAGCAUGCAUGUGCCCAAGAUAUCGGGGGUACUGGGGGGUGCUGCCCCAGGGCACAGUAAGCAUUUGCCCAAGUCAGGGGUGAAGCUGGACGUGGCCGGCCUGCACCUCCACAGGCACAGCCACCACCAUGGCCACCAUGGCGUGGCCAGGCCUAAGGAGCAGGCUGAGACCGAAGCUGCCCGCCGGGUGCAGAACAGCCUCACUUGGGGCCUGGAGCCGCACGGCCAUACAGCCAAGCCCCGCAGCCACUCUGAGAAUGUGGGCACUGCCCCCAAUGCCAGCGACAGCCUGGCCUACAGUGGGAAGGCGGGCACGACCUCCAAAAGAAAUACCAAGAAGGCUGAGUCAGGGAAGAGUGCCAGCACCGAGAUGCCAGGCCCCUCAGAGGAUGUGGAAAAGAACCGGAAGAUCAUGCAGUGGAUCAUUGAGGGGGAGAGGGAGGCUAGCAGGCACAGGAGGGCCGGCCACGGGUUUUCAGGGGCAAAGAAGCAACAGGCCCACGAGGGCUCAAGGCCCUUGUCCAUUGAGCGUCCUGGUGCCAUGCACCCCUGGGUCAGUGCACAGCUCCGCAACUCUGUCCAGCCUUCUCAUCUCUUCAUUCAAGACCCCACCAUGCCACCCAACCCUGCCCCCAACCCUCUGACCCAGCUGGAGGAGGCCCGCAGGCGCCUGGAGGAGGAAGAGAAAAGAGCCAGCAAGUUGCCCUCAAAGCAAAGGUAUGUACAGGAGGUCAUCCAGCGGGGGCGCUCCUGCGUCAGGCCAGUGUGCACGCCCGUGCUAAGUGUGGUGCCAGCGGUGUCCGACCUGGAGCUCUCGGAGACAGAGACAAAAUCGCAAAGGAAGGCAGGCGGUGGGGGUGCCCAGCCAUGUGACAGCACCGUCGUGGCCUACUACUUCUGUGGGGAGCCUAUCCCCUACCGGACCCUGGUGAGAGGCCGUGCCGUCACCCUGGGCCAGUUCAAGGAGCUGCUGACCAAAAAAGGCAACUACAGAUACUACUUCAAGAAAGUGAGUGACGAGUUUGACUGUGGGGUGGUGUUUGAAGAGGUUCGGGAAGACGAGGCUGCACUGCCUGUCUUUGAGGAGAAGAUCAUUGGCAAGGUGGAGAAGGUGGACUGACUGCAGGCCUGGCCUCCGUGCAGGCAGGCCUCCGUGGGUGGGCAGGGGUAGGGUGCCACCCUGAGGCCUGUGAAGGGCCCUCUUAGGUGUGUGGCAGACUCACAGCCAUGGCAGAAAGCCAGUUGUGAUCCCACAGCUGCCCACCCCUGCUGUCGGCCUAUGUGGUCGGGGGCGGGGUCCCUCUGAGUGGCACCACAGGCUCUUUCCUGCUGCUGCCCAGCAAGCCUUGGAGGGCCUACCUGAGCAAGGAGCCUGCUGUGCAGCCACCUUGGUGACCUUUCCCAGCGUCCUCCUGCUGCUAACCUUGGCCAGCCCUCUGGCAACUGGCCCCCUGGCGCUCACACUGCAGGCUCCACAGGACUCCCCUCAUACCCUGCCCUGAUUGGGUGCAGGGGGCCCUGCAGGGGCCUCUGUAAAUUGUACACGUCACCGAGUGCCUUCGACAGCUGCCUCUUGACUGCACUGUGCGGACCCAGCGACGGAGCACCAGGCUCAGCCUCCUGCACCCUCAGUUUCCCAAGCGCCAGCUCAGUGGGUCCUGGGUCCUUCCCUUCUAGGGCCCAUGUAAAUAUGUACAUUACUCAGGCUGUAGCCAGCAGGGGGCUGCCCCAAGACCAUUUUUCAUGCGCUGACUUGUAAAAUUUUCUUUUCAAAGGUACUUGGAUAAGAAUGAAAUAAAUCCAUUUUGAACCUA